AAGACGAGUUGGCCCAAGGCCGCGGACCUACCCGUAGAGCCUUGGCUACAGCACUGGGCUGAUAACCCGGAGCCACCAAAGGAGAAGAAGACGGCCUGGCAGACGGUCAAGGCCAUCUUCUGGACCUGAGGGACACCUUGCUCUCCCUGAUCCUGUUCUUGAUGUCACGCUGCCUCUUGGCUUUGCUUCUGUACUGUGUCAGCGCCACUUACUGGCCACAACCUAGUCACCUCUUUUUGUCUCGCCAGAUUUGCCUCGCUCGCAAUACAAUCGUGGUCACCGUCGUGUUCUCAUAUAGCAGAGCGACAUCUUGCUCGUUGUCGACAUUGCCUGCAUGCAUGGGGUGCAGAACGCAUCGCCGGACCUAUGAAUGAAUCUGCAGGCCACCGCUUGUGAGUCCGCUAGUGCUGACAGCCAAG